AUGGGCAUAGCGCUUGCCGGCGAGGAUUUGAGUGAGGAAAUCACAGCGCCUAUUCACAAACUUAUUCUUACUGAAAGCCCACUUACCUCUGUUUUCGUGCUCUAUAACAACAUUUACGACUUCCGAAUGUGGCGUAAGUCAGUGGAUGUUCGUGUCAGCGAUCUAAAAGCUCUCUGCUCAUCAUCUGCUCGCGACAACAUCAUGAACUGUCCUUCGUCGUCCUCCGACUCCAUAUUCCGGAUCGAACUUCCGAACGGAAAAACCACAGUGAUCUCACAUGGAAAUCAAGAUCUUAAACAGUUGCUGGAGAAAGUCUGCAUUAAGCUUGCUGUACAGCCGGAAUUCUUCGAGCUUAUUCGAGGCAACGAUGGAGAAUGGAAGCUGCUAAUGAGGGAGGAGUAUGAGGUGGAAAAGAGGCACGCAAAGCUAGGACUCACCAUCUACGCGUAUAAUGACAACGGCGUCAUCAAAGCAGAGGUUUUUCCUAUUCCGCAAGCUACUGAAUGCGCAGCAGAAUUUAAAUGUAAAGACGGAGUGAUAAGACGUUCACAAGUUUAUGGCCAAAAAAAGAUGUAG